AAAUGGCCAAGACAUCACAUGAAAAUUCUAACAUUGAUGAUGAUUUAAAAAAAAUAUUGGACGAUGAAAGAUAUCAAUUAUCGUGGAUACCAUAUAACGAAUUUGAAAAUAUCGAAAGUUUUGGUAAAGGUGGAUUCGCAACUAUUUAUAAAGCUCAAUGGAAAAUGCAAACAAUAAAUUAUUCAAGUACAAUAUCUGUUGCGCUUAAAUUAAUUCGGGACACACAUACUCGAAUUCAGGAAUUUGCAAAAGAG